AUGGCUUUUGCAGCAUCCUUGGCUGAGCUUCAAGCAGAGGCCAGCUGUUCCCUUUGCCUGGAUUACUUGAGAGAUCCAGUCACCCUGGACUGUGGUCACAAUUUCUGUGAGUCCUGCAUUCAUGAUCGCUGGAAAGAUAUACAAGAUGUCUUCCCCUGUCCCAUCUGUCUCUACUACUGUUCUGAUGGGGACAUCAAAAGAAACAUCCAAUUAUCAUACAUCACUGACAUCAUUAAGCAACUUCGUGUUGGAAAGAAUAAAAGGAAAUGGCAGGAAACAGAAUUGCUGUGUGAGAAGCAUGAUGAAGUCCUAGAUUUGUUCUGUGAGGAGGAUCUGGAGCUGUUAUGUCCCCAGUGCAGGGACUCCCCUGACCACCAAGAUCACCACCUGAUCCCCACUGAAAGAGCAGCAGAGAAUCAGAGAAAGAAGUUCAAAAGAUUGAUGGAGCAUCUGAAGAAACAGAUCAAUGAUGCAAAAAAGGAGUGUAAAUAUCAACUUACAAAAUAUAUGGAAGAGAAGUGGAAGAUAGAAAAUUGUAAAGGAGAAUUGGUUCCUGAAUUUAAGCAAUUUAAUCUUCUCUUAAAGGGGGGAGAAAAUUUAAUGAAUGAUAUAAUACUUAUUGAAAUGAAAAUUGUGAAAGAUCAACUAACCAGAAACAGAAUUCAUCUUUCAAACCAUAUAGAAACUCUUAAAAAUCUGCUAUCUGAAGUAACAGAGAAGUGUUUACAAGACAACCAGAAUUUACUAACAAGCAUUAAAAGUACUCACAGUAGGUGUGAAAGCCUAUCAUCACCAGAACUUUUGUCAUAUAAAUUCAAGAAAGGGGAUUUUAAUUUCCCUGCUCAUUAUUUUAGUUUCCAUAAAAUGAUCAGUACUUUUCAGGAAAAUUUGACACUAGAUCUUAAAGUUGCCCAUCAAUGUCUUAUUGUCUCUGAAGACAAAAAAAGUGUCACAUUUGGAACAAAAAUCCUAAACAUUCUAUAUACUUCUCAGACAGUGAUUUCUUACCCAGCCGUGCUUUGUUGUGAAGAGUUUGAAGGAGGCAGGCAUUUUUGGCAGGUAGAAGUCAAAGGCAGUGGUGAAUGGUCCUUAGGUUUGUGUAAAGAAAUAUUCCGUCAAAAUGUUCUAGAUUCGUCAAUAUCUGACAAUGACUUCUGGCAACUUGAACAGACCUCAUUGACCCAUGGCACCUCUUUCAUUGAUCAAGAAGAACAUGUCAGAAGAAUUGGUGUUUUUCUGGAUUAUGAAUUGGGAGAACUUUCCUUUUAUAAUAUGAACAACAAAGCAUGCUUGCUUAAGAUCACUGACACAUUUACAGAAAAAGUGAUACCAUAUUUUGCUAUUGGGCCCACUUCAGAAAACCUUACAAUUUCUUUGGUUAUAGAGCAAUGA